GAACAGCAGGUGUAUUGGAUAGAAACCUAGAUUACAACACAAGGAUCUUUUAAAAUGUUGUUUUAUUCAAAGGAAGUUGUUGACGGACGACUCAGCAGAACCUGUGCAGGACAAAAAGGAUGUGAUGUGUAUUCAUGCUGUCUGUUGCUGCAGGCCACAAAGUGGGUCAACACCUGAGAAGGAGCUGAAAGGAGCGGCAGAGACUGAGGCAGUUUUGUCCUACUGAAAGAGCACAUGAGGGAGGAUGCAGACUGAACUGGCUCAACACAAGACACAAGACAGAGAAAAUGCAGAAUUAUAGAGAAUACACCUUUUGAAACAACCAGUUGAUUCUUUCAGAUUGCUGCUUCUGUGCCUUGUACUUUACAAUGCGCACAGUCUUUUUGACCUUUUUUUAAAUUUUAUUUUGAAAAUAUUGGUGAGGUAAAUGGAUUGUUAGGCAGUUCUCAACAUUUGAACAGCACCAUUUUACAUCUUCACAAACAAACUUUCUAAACCUUAAACUGGUUUUUAAAUCCCACAUGUGGAAUAAUGUAACUCAAUUUACCCUGCUGGAAAUCUAGCCUGAAGCUUUCACUGGAAGGAGAAACAGCAAAGUAAUUUAUUUUUUUUGGACACAACUUCUUCUUCUUUCCUUUGACUCAGCCUUUAGUCAAACUUAAAGAUAACCCAGCAUCUCCUGGCCUCACAUUCCAAGCGAUCUACACUUCAGCGGGGGACCAUUUCCUUCAUUUGCAUACAUUCACAUCCACAGUAAAAGACUCUACUGUACCUCCACAAUGCAGACCCCAGGACCUGAACACGAUGAGUCUUUUGACUUCCUGUUUAAGAUCAUCCUGAUUGGAGACUCUAAUGUAGGGAAGACCUGCUUAGUUCAGAAUUUCAAGUCAGGGAUUUUCUCAGAGAGACAGCAGAACACCAUCGGAGUGGAUUUCACCGUACGGACCGUGGAUAUCGAGGGGAAGAGAGUUAAGAUGCAGGUAUGGGACACGGCAGGUCAGGAGAGGUUUCGCACAAUCACUCAGAGCUACUACCGCAGCGCUCACGGCGCCAUCAUUGCCUAUGACAUCACACGACAGCCGACCUUUGACUCCGUGACUCACUGGAUCAAAGAGGUGGAGCUCUAUGGAGCAACCAAUGUAGUGCUGGUUCUCAUAGGUAACAAAUGUGACCUGGAGCAGGAACGUCAGGUUAAGUUUGAGGAAGCCUGCAAUCUGUCAAAGGAGAGAGACAUACUGGCUGCUCUAGAAACAUCUGCAAAGGAGAGUCAGAAUGUGGAAGAAGCCUUCACCAUGAUGGCCAGAGAGCUGCUGUCUCGUAAUGGACUCAAUGUCCAGCAGGAGGACUCGGAGAGCAACGACACACCUCGAGUAAUCCUCCGGUCCAACUCUCGGCCUGUUAAUGCCAUGGUGGCUGCUUACACCCCACCAGAGAAGAAGACAUGUUGCUGA